AUGUCGUUAACUGUGAUCACAUUUCUUGAACCCCUGCAAAAAGAUAACCUUACCUCGGCCCCACAUCAUUCACCAUAUAAGACAUCACAAAUCAUCCCCUCUCUCGAGUACCUCAAACUCAUAAAAUAUGUAAAUAUGGAUUCAUCUGACUCGGAAAAGGAAAAUAAUAAUGAUGAGAAGUCCGUCGUAUCAUCACUCGCAUCAGUCUCUUACCCUUCAUCCCCUCGCUCACCCACCUACCUAACAGGCCACAUACCCACCAAGUGGUACCACUUCCAACUGCGUACAACCACGCUUCUCGCUCUUCCCGCUCUCUCCCUCGUCGGUGUAUUUGGAGCCUACAUCGUAGGAGGGCACAACGGAACAUUUGAACACAUCACCAAUCUUGUCAGACAAGAAAACCCGCCCGCUGUUUUUCCGGAUACUAAAUACUUGUUACUGAAAGAUUAUACGGGUAUUAAGGCUCUUGAUAGACAGUUGACUGUUCUGGUGACUUUCUUUGCCACUGUUGUCGAUAGAAGAAAUGUUGCGGUAUGGCUACAUGCAAUCUACGGAUUGGGACAGCUUGGUGCUGCAUGGACGCUGCUGGUAAUGGAGAGUUUGCGAAGUGGGAAUAAAAGGAGAGCUGUUAGUUUUAUCGGGACAGUUGGGUUUAUUUUCCAAAAUAUCACUUAUGCAAUCACAGUACCAAUUUAUCUAUUUAUCCACCUCUUAACAUCACCCGUCGCAAAGCCAUUUCCAGGAACCUAUGCGAAUAGUGUUCUCCUCAUUUCGCCCCUGGAUCUAAAGAUUUUACCACUCUCAAUCAUCCUAACCUAUAUUGUCCCUUCCUUUCUCAUGGGCCUUGACGCUCCCUCCAUAGUAUCAGGAGCUACGCAUCAGCAGCUGAUUGCUUUCUGGCAACCUUUUCCAAUUUGGACAAUCAUCAUCCAAUGGAUUCUCCGUUCAACCUUUCAAUUCAUUGGAUCCAAGGUCUUCUCGAAAGAUUCAAAACAGCCACUCACACCUCUAGGGGCUUCCUAUCUCAGCAACGUCAAACAUGUCUACCGAUUCAUCCUUAUGUUUUGCGUAUUGACGCACCUUCCUAUUCUCCUCAUAGCUCUCAUCCCCGCCUCAGCCAUCUCGGAUAUUCUGCCCAAACUUGCUCCUUAUGCUAGCCUCAAUUUCUUCGAUAUUUACGUUCCCUACUUCCCUUUCCCACUCUCCCAGCAAGUCUCCAAUCUUGCGAGCGGUGCACACACGUUUCUUCAAUGGGACUUGGCAACUGGAUCAACAGCACUGCUGUUAUGGGCUAUAUUGCUAUAUAGAAAUGCUACUGCCGAAAAAUCAAUAGUAGAUCCUAACACUAGUCUCCCUCCGUAUCAGAUCCGAGAGAUGCUCGCAGGGGAGGGAAAUAAAGUUGGCGCAUUAAGGAGAAAACUGUUGGUCAAGAUCGGCGUGUGGAUGUUGAUAGCUGGUCCAAUUGGAGCGACCACUGUUCUGUUAUGGGAGAGAGAUGAAAUCGUACGACAGAAGAUUAAACAGGGUAUUUGA